AUGUCUGAUCAGAGUGAUAGCCAGAAUAAGUCAGAAGAGCAGGUGAAUCUGAGUGAGGGCACUAGUCCCUCUAGCAGUUAUGAUGAAGGCAGCAAAAGUACUCCUAGCAAUCUUCCUAAGGCUGCCACUAGGCAGAGGCGGAAGAUGAAUUCUGAGUCUGAAGAUGAAGACUAUGUAGCUGCUGAGGAGGAGGUCAGCUCCAAGAAAAAGGUUGUCAAGAAAGAGUUUCGCACAGCUGCAUCUACAAGGCCUGAUAUGCACAAGAAAGCUCCUGCGAAAAAAGUUCCCAUGUCAAAGGCCAGAGUCUCCACUCUUGAAACUUCCAAAUCAACUGGUGGUGAGGCUGCCGGGGAGGGCAAGAACAAAAAGGAAAUAAAGAGAGGAAGAUGGUGCAAGAAAGUGGAUCCCAUGGCAGAAUUUGAGAAGCACACCUCCGAUGAGGAUGAAGAGGAAGAGGAUGCUGGACCAGCACCCAAGUCUCAAAAGCUGAUGGGGGAUCCCAUCAAAAUUGUCUGGAUGUCUGAAGGUACUAGUUACCAAUAUGUAGUUGAUGAAUGGGCCAAAAUGAUCAAUGCCCCUGCAGAGCAAGAGGAUGACGUAGAUGUCUAUGCCAAGAAGAAGAAGGAUCACAACUCCAUGGCUAACAUGUAUAAGGAAAUUCCUGAUAAAGCCUUGGAAACUCACAAGAUGGGCUCUUUGUUUGAUGUGCCCCAAAAGUUCAAAGUUAUGAGUCUGAUUGUUGAGACAAUCAAGAGAACAACUGCAGAUCAGAAAAGGUCAUUUGUCAUGAAUGAAGAAGACCCUACUUCUAUAGAAGCUCAAGAGAAGAGGGAGAAAGCAAAGGCUGAGAAAGCAGCAAAGAUGCCAAGUGCUGAAGAGGCAUCUCAAGUGUUUCUCAAGAAAAAACAAGAUCAACUUGAAUAUCUGAUUCAAGACACCUUGAGGAUUGAGAAGGGAUUGGCCACCCUGACUCAGAACCAAGAAAGCCUGGAGAGGAUCAUUGAAACAAAAUUCUAUGAUCUUGACUUGAAGGUGACAGAGAUGCGGACAGUAGUUGAGCAGCUCCAAGAAGAAGCUGAGGAGAGGAAAGGGUAG